AUGCAGCUAACUGACGUCAGACGCUCCUACAGGCAGGCUCUGGACAAGCAUGGCUACCAGACGGUCGAGGAUGUGACCUCCACCUCGCCCAAAGAUCUGGCUGUCGGUAAGUACGAGCUGCAGUCCACCGUUGACAUAGAAGAUUUAGGGAUAGGACUGAGUCAAGCUGAAGAGGUUUUACGGAUAGUGACCCAGCAAUCUGGUGAGCUGCACCGGAUUGGACGAGCUGACCCUUCAGCCCGUCCGGCAUAUCUCCCAACGCCCGCUAAGUCAGUGACGGCUUCUCAACUCCUGAAGGUCUCCCCGACGUAUUUCUCCACGUUGUCUGUGUCACUGGACAAGCUGAUCGGCUACUAUGUCUCGGGCUACACGGCUCCUCAUGGCCUCAACCUCAAAGGAAGAGGAGCCGAUCGCGAGGACUCUGGAAGUAUCAGACCAGGAGCGGUUCUGGAGCUGUCUGCCCCUCCUGGCGGUGGGAAGACGGGGGCCAUUAUCGGGAUAGCGCUUAGUGCGCGAACAAUUGAUGAGGACACGCCGGAGGUCCUUCUUAUCGGCUCAAUCACCGAAGACCGCCUGCGGUCGGCGGCUGAAUCACUUGGCAAUGCAGACACGAUACUCGGCGGAAUCUACAUCAUGCGUGUCGGUACUCAGCUCCAAAUGAUCACCGUUCUGCAGAUGCUGGACUCGUGGCUGACGGAGCACCCUAAGCUACCACUUUCGGCAGCCGUCUUUAGACCUGAAUACCCGAAGAAGAAUAAUGGAGCACAGGUGGUCGCCACGACCCAGAUGGCCACGAAGCUCAUGACCGUCGACAACAAGCCGGCGACCUUCGAGACCGGCGACCGUGCGGUGCUGAUGCCGCAACUUGGAGACGCCUGGACAACGGAGCGUACGAUUCGCGUGACGCUAUUCCGAGGCGCUAAGGACGACCUUCGGUACGCCCACGCAUCAUGCGCGUCCCAGCCUAUUCCAAGCGAGGAGGAAGUGCCGUGGGCGUCCUUUGACAUCGAUCCUAAUCUCUUGACCCGAGUGACCACUCUAUCUUGA